AUGAAUAAUGCCGUCGAGGGCACCGAUAAGGUGCAGGCGCGCCGGCGUAUGACCAAAGCUUAUCACAGGAAGUCCCGAAAUGGGUGCCAGAGAUGUAGAACUCGUCGGGUGAAAUGUGAUGAGAUACACCCUACAUGUGGGAAUUGUGAGCGCCAUGAAGUAGCUUGUAUAUACCCGAAUGCCGCAAAAAAACGAAAUGACCAAGACACAAAAACAGACGGCAAACAGGGGUCAGAUAUAUUUGGUCCAGCCAAUACCCUAAUACCCACUCUGUCGGGCGAAUCAGAGUUACAGGGAACCCCUAGCUCCGACUUCAACGACGUCGGUGACUUCCAGCUGCCAGAAUCCAAAUCUAGACGCCUUCUCGAGCUUCGACUAUUCGAUUACUACAAGGAUCACCUGAUGGAUCCCCUCCCAGGCCAGGCCAAAUCCCGCGAGGUGACGGCAUGGUCUAGUCUAAUUCCUCAACUUGGGCUGGAAUAUGAGAACGUGCACUACAUGAUGUUUUCCAUGGCAGCCUGUCAUAUGCUCCGUUCUGAUCCAGACAACCGUGAGCUACUCAACAUUCAACAAGUCUAUUUGGCGCUAGCAAUGCGUGAACAGCAAAAAGCCGUUGCUGAACUGAGUCUUGAAAAUUGCGAUUCGGUCUGCUAUACCGCCAUGAUACUCCUCAUCGCGGCAGUUGCCCGCCUCUGGAGACGUCCUAUCAAACCAUACGUGCCGCCGGUCGAGUCUCUAAGAUUAGGAAAUGGUGUAGGGGCUGUGCUGCGGACAGCAGUAGAGAUGCUUAAAGGGAACAAGGAUGCGAAGAUGUGGUUGUUCAUCAAUGCCCCACCAGCGCUCGAUCCGAAAGUGAUCUUCGCCAAAGAAAAUCAAAUCCCGUUUCAAAGCUUACUGGAUCCUGACAUUCAGCCAUGGAAUCCAGAUACUCACGAAGCUUACGAGAAUUCUGUCGCCUACUUGGGAUACCUCCACAAGUCGGUUCAGGACAAUGACCCGGUUUGGAUAUUUGGUCGAAAGCUUAUCUCGUUCUCCAUUUUUGCUCCAAGAGAAUUCCUUGAUUUUGUUGAGGAUCAGAGACCCCGAGCAUUGGUUAUUCUUGCUCAUUACUUUGCUUUCAUGUGUAGGGCGAAAGAACUUUGGUGGGCACUGGAUAUUCCUGAAAAUGAGAUCAAAGGGAUUCAGGGGGUCCUACCUCCGGAGUGGCAAGAGCACCUACGUUGGCCACUCAUAAUGACUGGCCAGACAGUCAUCUAG